AUGGCAACUGGAACGCGCCUUACGAACAAGGUCGCCCUCGUCACGGGCUCGUCCUCCGGCAUAGGGCGUGCCAUUGCUCUCCGCUACGUAGCUGAGGGCGCAAAGGUCGUGUGCGCCGACCUCUCGCCUGCAUUGCGCGUCGCUGUGCACAAGAAUCCCCCUGAUCAGGUGCCCGGAGGCCAGCCCACUCACGAGCUCAUCGGGCCUCAGAGCGCAGCCUUUGUGCAGACCGACGUCGGAGAUGCAGCUGCGGUCGAGAACGCAGUUAAAUUCGCGAUAGAGACAUUCGGUCGUUUAGAUAUCAUGGUGAACAACGCAGGCAUAAGCCCCGAGGCCACAACCCCAGCCAUGCUGCACGAGAUGCAGGAGGACAUCUGGGACAAGACCAUGCGCGUAAACGCAAAAUCCGUUUUCCUCGGGUGCAAGUUCGCCCUCAGGCAGAUGCUGGCCCAAGAGCCCCAUGAGAGCGCAUCGUACUGCGCCUCCAAGGGAGCGGUUUCAAGCCUCACCAGGCAGGUGGCCUUGGAAUAUGCAAAACACCGCAUCCAUUGCAAUGCCAUCUGCCCGGGGUUCACGGAUACGGCCAUGUUUGAGGACACGACAGCUCAUGGGCCGUCUCCGGAUGUGUUCGCCGAUCGACAUCCUUUCGGGGGUGUGGGCACGCCAGAGAACGUUGCCAAACUGGCCGUAGUGCUGGCCAGCGAUGAUGCGAGCUGGCUUACGGGUGUGAAUCUGCCUGUUGAUGGGGGCUAUGUCGUGCGGUAG